AUGGGGUUUAAGAAUUCUUCCCAUAGUCUAAAGCAUGUGGACAGAGAAUUAAAGGACUUGAUUAAUUCAUCCGAUAAUGCCAAUAAAUGUGGUGAAUGUGGUAAUUUCUAUCCAACAUGGUGUUCAGUCAAUUUGGGGGUUUUCCUUUGUGGUAGAUGUGCCUCUGUCCACAGGAAGGUUUUCGGUAGCAGGGACGAUGAUGCCUUCUCCAACGUAAAAUCGUUGUCGAUGGAUAGAUGGACAAGAGAGGAUGUUGACGAGUUAGUGAGGCUUGGAGGCAACAAGGGAAAUGCUCAUUUUUGGAACCCGAAGAAUGUCCCCUUUCCUUUUGAUGGAGAUGAUGAUAAAACUAUUGUGGAACAUUAUAUUAGGGACAAGUAUAUCUUGGGCAAGUUCAGGUAUGACAAAAUAAUGCCUGAAGACUUUGGAUCCAGCAUGGAUGAUUCUGAUAGGAAAUUGGACAGGUUUGAUGAAAGGAAUAGAAGCAGGAGCAGGAGCAGGAGUAGAUCUCAUUCUUUUUACAAAGGGAGCCAUAGUAGCUCUGAUUAUGGCGGUUCAAGAGACUCUUUCCAAAGUAGUGGGAGCAGAUACUCCAGACAAUUGUUAGAGCUCAGAGACAUGGGUUUUAGUGAUGCAAACAAAAAUUUAGACGCAUUAUCGUCCGCUCACGGAAAUAUUAAUAGGGCCAUAGACUAUCUAGAAAGAAGUUCAAAUUCGAGAAAUAGUGUAUCAGCAGCAGCAGCGGCAUCCACUCCACCCCUGCCUAGAAGACGCGCAACAACAGGUGGUCCACAGCCGGCUAUCUUCGAUGGUACGAAUGUAAUCACGCCGGAUUUCACUUCAAACUCAGCAUCUCUCCCACAAGCAAAACCAGCUGUUUUUGAUGGUACUGUUCAACAAUACUACGAUCCUGUUACCGGAAUGAUAUACGUAGAUCAGCAACAAUAUGCCAUGGCUAUGCAGCAGCAGCAACAGCAACAGCAACAGCAACAGCAGCUUGCUUUCGCUCAGGCCCAAGCCCAAGCUCAGGCUCAGGCUCAGGCUCAGGCUCAGGCUCAGGCUCAGGCUCAGGCUCAGGCUCAGGCUCAGGCUCAGGCUCAGGCUCAGGCUCAGGCUCAGGCUCAGGCCCAGGCCCAGAUGCAGCAUGUCCAGAUUCAACCACAACAACCGCAGUUGACAUAUCAGCAAAUGCAGCAAAUGCAGCAGGGUGGAAACCUGCCACAAGGCUACUUCUACAUGCAAUGA